AUGGCGGACGCGGACGUCGCGCCGCCGCCUUGGGAGAACGGCGGGCCCCCGGGCGCGCCGGAAGAUGCCCCCGGCGCCUCCCAGGCGCUGGUCGCCGCGGGCGAGGUGCGCACGCCGGCGCCCGCGCUGCCGGCGCCCGACCUGGGCGACCUGCGGCUGAAGCCCGCCACGCAGACCAAGGCGAUCGGGAUCAUCCAGCCGCCUCCGGACAUACGGGCGAUCGUGGACAAGACGGCAGAGUUCGUCGCGAGGAACGGAUUGGACUUUGAGAAGCGCAUUCUUGCCAACGAGAAAAACAAUUUGAAGUUUAACUUUCUUGUGCCUGGGGACCCGUACAAUGCGUACUACAAAACAAAGAUUGCCGACUUUUCGGAUGGGGAAGUUCUGGAGAAGCCGGCUGCAUCAGAAAGCGCCCUUGCGGAGCCACAGCAGAAACAGGUGGAAGAGGUGGCAAAGGUGGCCGCGCCUGCAGCUGCCAAGACGUUGGAGGAGCCUGAGCCAGAAGAUUACACAGUGCACGUUCCAGAGGGCCUCACUGCUCAGGACCUGGACAUCAUAAAGCUGGUGGCACAGUUCGUGGCCCGCAACGGCAAGACAUUUCUGUCAGGGCUUGCCAACAGGGAGCACAGCAACCCGCAGUUCAACUUCCUGAAGCCCACGCACAGCAUGUUCACUUUCUUCACGGCCCUCGCGGACACCUACUCAAAGGUGCUGAUGCCGCCUACAGGGAUUAUACAGAAGCUGAUGAAGGACACGACAGACAGGACAUUGAUACUGGAGCGUGCACUGAAGCGGCUCGAGUGGGAUAGGGCACGCGAGAAGGAGCAGAAGGAGGCCGCUGACAUUGCGGAGCGGGAACGCAUGGUGAUGCAGAUGAUCGACUGGCACAACUUCGUUGUUGUGGAGACGAUCGACUUCCAUGAUGAUGAGGACGCGGACCUGCCGCCACCAAUGUCUUUGAAAGACGUGCUGGCUUUGAACAAGGCAAGGCCCUUUGAGCACGAAGCAGAGGGUGAGGCAGGGGAGGAGGCCGCUAAUGCGCAUGCAGAAGAUGAGGAGAUGGAGAUGGAGAUGGAUGAGGAGGAGAAGGCGUUGGUGGCAGAGGCCAAUGCGGCUGCUGAGAAGCCUGCGGUCAGCGCUCCAGAAAAGAAGGCGCCUGAUGAGCCAUCCACAGCAGCGGUUGUGCAGACUGUGGAGGAGGACGACGAGCCCAUCAGGGUUGUCAAGAACUACGUCAGACCAAAAUCGAAGGACACACCGUCAUACGACCCUGGCAAAUUUGCCGUGUCGCCCAUUACUGGCGAGCUGGUCAGGAUCGAGGAGAUGGAGGAGCAUAUGCGCGUGUCGCUGAUCGACCCCCGCUGGAAGGAGCAGCGCGAGGCCAUGCUGGCAAAGAUCAGGGAGACCACAAAGGCGCACGACGACGAGAUCGGGCGCAACCUGGUCAUGCUGGCCAAGACCCGGCCCGACAUCUUUGGUUCCACCCAGGAGGAAGUCAGCCAGGCGGUGCGCACGUCCAUCAAGGAGAAGAUGAUGUCGGGCAGCAACCGCCCGGUGGUGUGGGACGGCGUGACCCAGAGUGGCCAGGGCCUGGAGACGCAGCUGAAGGCCAUCAACGACUCGCGACAGGAGAGGAAGGACACGCAGCCUGUGGCGCCAGAUCGCAGGGCACAGAUGGGGCCCCCUGGCCUCAGGCCGCCCAUGCCCAUGAGGCCCGCUGUCCCAGGUGGCAGCAUGAUGGGCGCCAUGCACAACCGGCCACCCCCCAUGACAAACAUCCACUCCCAGCAGCGCCCCCACAGUUCGGAGCUGGCCGGCCAACCGCCGCAGCAGGCACCGCGCCCGCCGCCCAUCCCCAUGGUGCCGCGCAGCAUGGUGUCUGCCAACACUGCGGACGAGCCGGAGGCCAAGAAGGCACGGCUGGAGUUCGUGCUGCGGCCGGAGGAGGAGUUCCUGAUGACAGAGUCGGCAGGACCUGCAAAGGUCCGCGUGCAGUGCCCCAAGGUGGACGGCAACCCCGAGCUGCGCGGCCAGAUGCUGGAGGUCGAGGUCGCCUCCCUGCGGGACACCGUGGGCCAGUUCAAGGCCCGCCUGGCCACCGUCCUGGGGCUGCCCGCCAACAAGCAGAAGCUGGGCCGCGACGGCGUGGGCUUCCUCAUGGAUGAAUUCAGCCUGGCGCACUACAACGUGUCGGCGAGGGUGGUGCUGAACCUGGACGUGAAGAUGCGGGGAGGGCGGAAGAAGGCGUGA